AUGAAAUUAAUAGCAUUAGCUACUCUUAUCACCUACUCCCACGCUAGAGAAUGUACCUUUACAAAUAGCACCACCAUUUUUCGCGAACCUGCUCAGAUUACCAAUCUCUUCAUCUGCGAUAUUUUCCCCACAUCUGUUCGGAUCUCCUCCAUCUUCCCAGGCACAUUUUCCCUCCCCAAUAUCAUUAAUUUCACAGGCUCUAUAUCCAUCUACAAAGAAGUUGGUCCGCCUACUUUGACUUCUAUUUUUCUUGAUGAUUUACAACUUCUGGGUAGUCUGGAUCUAAACCAAACAACCUGGAAACUGGAUUUUGUGUCUAUGGGAACCAUAGAAACGGUGGGGAGUAUAACGACUAGUUCGAUUAAGAAGAUGAUCUUGAGAUUUCCCGGGCUAAAGAGUGCGGGAGUUGUGACGUUGAAGGGGAAUGUUUCUACCUUCGACCCUCUCACUAAUGCCGCCGAUGUUGAUGUUAAAGGUUUCGUUGAACCGUAUGUCGGGGGACAAUGGGCUGGAGGGUGCCUCUGGUUCUAG